CUGCGCAUGCGCGCGUGUCAGAUGGGACGUAAACAAGCUACAGGAAGUGCAGCUGUUACGUUGAUCACAGCAGGUGACAUGAAGAGGUGACAAUAGCGGGACGGCGCAGAGAUGACGGAGUGCUUCCUGCCACCCAGUAGCAGCCCUGCGGAGCAGAGGAGGGCGGAGCAUCCCGGGGGCGUGGCUCGUACCCCGAGCUCUGAAGAGAUCAGCCCCACUAAGUUCCCAGGUCUGUACCGUACGGGCGACCCUUCGCCCCCUCACGACGGACACCACCAUGAGCAGCCCGACGUGGCAUCCGAUGACGAGAAGGAGCACAACAAGAAGAAGAACAAGUUUAAGAAGAAGGAGAAACGCACCGAGGGAUACGCCGCGUUCCAGGAGGACAGUUCUGCCGAUGAGGCCGAGAGCCCGUCUAAGAUGAAACGCUCCAAAGGUAUCCACGUCUUCAAGAAGCCCAGUUUCUCCAAGAAGAAAGAAAAGGACUUCAAAGUGAAGGAGAAGGGGCCCAAGGAGGAGAAGGCUAAGGACAAGAAGUCCAAAGACCUGACGGCAGCCGACGUCGUGAAACAGUGGAAGGAGAAGAAGAAGAAGAAAAAGCCCAGCGCCGAGCCCGAACCCGUCGUCACGGAGACGGCGGCGGCGCUCCGGCCGAUCUUCGGAGCGCCGUUAGCGGAAGCGGUGAGGAGAACGGCGCUGUACGACGGGAUACAGCUCCCGGCCAUCUUCAGAGAGUGUGUGGACUACAUCGAGAGCUACGGCAUGAAGUGUGAAGGCAUCUAUCGCGUCUCUGGUAUGAAGUCAAAGGUCGAUGAGCUGAAAGCAGCGUAUGACCGCGAGGAGUGUCCGUGUCUGGAGGAGUAUGACCCUCACACAGUGGCCAGCCUGUUGAAGCAGUACUUGCGAGAGCUGCCUGAUAACCUGCUGGGCAAAGAGCUGGCCCCGCGUUUCGAGGAGGCCUGCGGGCGGCCCAGCGAGGCGGAGAAACUGCAGGAGUUUCAGAGGCUCCUGGGGGAGGUUCCUGUGGGGAGCAGACUCAUCCUGGCCUGGCUCAUUACUCACAUGGACCACGUCAUCGCCCGCGAGACAGACACCAAGAUGAACAUCCAGAACAUCUCUAUUGUGCUCAAUCCCACCGUACAGAUCGGGAAUCGCGUGCUGUACGUGUUUUUUACUCACGUCCGCGAGCUGUUCGGUGAUGUGGUUCUGAAGCCGGUCGUCCAUCCUCUCCGUUGGUCCAAUAUGGCCACCAUGCCGACCCUACCUGAGACCCAGGAGAGCAUUAAAGAAGAGAUCCGCAGACAGGAGUUCCUCUUGAACCGUCUGCACAGAGAUCUGCAGGCCGGGGUGAAGGAUCUGUCCAAGGAGGAGAGACUCUGGGAGGUGCAGCGGAUCGUCACCGCUCUGAAACGCAAGCUCCGCGAGGCCAAGAGACAGGAGUGCGAGACUAAAAUCGCGCAGGAAAUCGCCAGCCUGUCUAAAGAGGACGUGUCAAAGGAGGAGAUGUCUGAGAACGAGGAGGAAGUCAUUAAUCUUCUCCUGGCACAGGAGAAUGAGAUCCUCACAGAGCAGGAGGAGCUGAUAUCGCUGGAGCAGGUGCUGCGUCGGCAGAUCGCCACAGAGAAAGAAGAAAUAGAGCGCCUGCGUGCCGAGAUCGCGGAUAUACAGAGCCGCCAGCAGGGCCGCAGUGAAACAGAGGAGUAUUCAUCAGACAGCGAGAGCGAGAGUGAAGAUGAAGAGGAACUGCAGAUGAUUCUAGAAGACCUGCAGAAACAGAAUGAAGAGCUAGAGAAUAAAAACACUCAUCUGAAUCAGGCCAUCCAUGAGGAACAGGAGGCCAUAUUGGAACUGCGUGUUCAGCUCCGCCUCCUUCAGAGUCACAAGCUUCAGCAGGAGCACACAUCCCCGCCCACUUCUGAACAGGCCCCGCCCUCCCAGCCCAGCCCAGAGGAACGAUCUAGAGGACGAACCAAUCAAACGAGCCGCAGCGGUCGCCAUGGAACCCCUGCCGCCGCCGCAGCUGCUGCCACCCCAGCCAACGGGAAGCCUGGGAAAGAUGCCAUGAAGCCAUCGCCUAGCAAAGACAAGAGGGAGGCCAACCUGUAAACCAUCCGACCGUCACCACACUUGCACUUCUGUAUGCUCAUCACGUAACUGUGACGUCUGGGUCAAAGGUCAGCAAGGUGAAGUGAGAUGGUCAUUACACUGGGAGAAAACUGGACAGCGGAGAUGUGAUUUGUAGGUCGGAAAUGAGGCGAGUACGGGAAACAUUCCUGAUUGGUCAUCAUCACAAUGGAGUGAAAUUGCAUUCUUUUGACACGUUUAAGUUCGUAUGUGAAAUUGCAGCAGCACAAUCAGAUCUUUGGGAGUGCUCCGAUUCAAUCUGCCCUUUGACCCAUCUAAACACACAGGCUCAUUUUCUUUUUUCUAAACAGUUAAGAGUAUUAGGGGGCCCAAGGUUGUUAAAAAAAAGUGAAGAUCAUUUGUCCAGGUAAAUUUUUGCUCCAAAAUCAGAAGAAAAAUUAUAUUAAAUUAUAUUAUAUUUUGCAUUAAGAAAAUUAAGCCGCCGGAUUUUUUUUUGCAUUCUAACAUAAUUUACGUUACUAUUAAGCACUGUUCUACAUAAUUGCCAUUACUUUAAUUGCAGAAAUGCAGAUUAAAAUUUAAACCAAGUGCAAAGUGUUCUUAAUAGUCAUUUAAUUGUCACAAUGCAAAAAAAAAAAAAGUUCAUUUAAACAUAUAUAUUUUUCAGUUUUGGGUUAAAAUAUAUAGAGCCCAUUUCCAUUGAAGUGUAAUUGCAACUUUUCAUCUCACACUAUUUUUUUUGCAAUAAAAAUAGGGUCAGAACUGUGAGAUAUAAAUUCAGAAUUCUGCCUUUUUUUUUUUUUUUUUUUCUUACAAUUUUGAGUUUACAUCUAAUGAUUCCUUUCUUGCGAUCUGCUUUUUUCCUCAGGAUUUGAAAUCAGCAUUUCACAACUUCUUUUCUUCUUUUUUCACCACGAAAAAAAAUACGAUUCAGUUGCGAUUUCUUGAUCUCAAAAUUCUUGCGGUUACUGAAAUAGAGUUUUUAUAGACAAACUCGAGGAUAAAAGAUGAAAAAGUUGCGAUUACCUUUAUAUUUAUUACACAUCACGGCGUGAGUGGGCUUUUACGCAGAUGUUUUCUUAAGAUUCACCUGAAUAAUUCAUGCAUUUCGAGAAACGGCAAGCUGUAAAAGGAUGUUAUGACACAACACUUAAUUACUUCCUGUGUAAAGCUCCAAACCAAAGGCGACGAACAUCCGUCUCUUCUAUACUCGCGUUACAUUCGGUGCAAAAACAAUCAUUUCAGACAAGUACGUUUGCUUUAUCGGUUAUCGUUAACAAAUGCAUUUUAUUUAUACAGUUCUGCUCAUAGUUAAAUCGCAAAGGAGUAAAUGCGUUGAGAAACAUCCUGGAUGUUUGUUGCCAGUGCAGAAAUGAGAGGACAAGAAAUCAUAAUGGGCUCCUAUUGUGGGUCCAGGUCUAGAACAGCGAUUAAACUGAAUGAAAAUAAAGUUGUGUGUUUUCUGAAACCACUGUGCCAUAGGUGUGUGUGUGUGUGUGUGUGUGUGCAGCCGCACUGAAGAAUUACUUUGAAGAUGCUCUGGGACAUUGUGAUACAACGAGAUUGUAUUUUUUUUUUUUUUUCCUAUUAAGAUAUUCCAAGGCGACGGUUUAGAACAUUUAUUAUAAAUUUCGAUAUUUAAUAAUCCUAUAUAAACAUCUAAUCUGUAACCGCACUAGACCGUGCAGAUCUGCACUUAUGGAAGGGAACGAGUCGAGUGCCGUUUGUGGUGGAGUUGUUGGUUUCCGUACGUUCGCACGUUUUUUUUUUCGUUUUUUACAAAUUUCGUGAAGCACAAGAAUAUUUUUGAUCAGCGAUGAAGUUCGAGUGGUCAUUAUGGGUGGUUUUAAUAAGCGUUGGUGGUCCGAAUCGAAGAAAAGAGACACUGCAUGAAGUAAAUGGUGCUUCUGUUCGAAAGCGAGCUUCGUUUUCUUUUUCGCAGAAUAUCUUCUUUUUUGAUUCGUGGUGAAAUAUGAACUCUUUUUGAGAGAUCCUCCUAGCCGCUCCUGAAGUUUUGGCACAGUUGUUACAGAUGUUCUGACACACUGUUCGAUAGUCAUUUUGGAAACUUGCACUAGAUUGUCACCAUUUUUUUAAUUUUUUUUUUUUUUUGAUACAAAUAUUCUGUCAGGUUCAUUUUGUGAUUGUUAUAUUUGUUUAAAGUGCUUGUUGAAAUACUAGUGUACUACUGGAUUAUUAUUAUUAUUAUUAUUAUUACUCCCUUUCAGAUAACACAUUUCCUCCCUCAUUUUGCUUUUCUUUUCCUUUUUUGUGCUGUCGAAUUGCAUUUCAGAAAUACUGUAGAAUUCUAAUCAAGAGCUGUUAUGUAUGUAAAAAAAAAAAAAAAAGAUCUCAAAGAGAUACGUGCCCGCUCAUCUACUUUUGGAAAUUAUAGUUUUUCAUGUUAUAAACAAAGCUUUUGUAGCUCCUGAUCAUUGUGAACAGAAUGCUGCCAUCUAAAAUAAAAUGAUAGGUUGGACAGUAA